AUGUUUGGUGCAUUAAAUCGUUUCAUCGGCCGCCUGGACGGGGAGCCCGGUCAACCCUCUCGCAACGGCCCCAGUGACAACGCAUUCGGUUUCCAGGUCCUCCGCAACAAAGACCCGGAACUGCCCUUGGAGCCUUGGUUUGACUUCAUUGUGGGUAUCAAUGGCCAUACCAUUGAAGAUCCAGACCCAAAUCUCUUUGCGACGGAGUGCCGUAAUUGCGCCGGAGGGAGCUUGAGAUUGGAACUAAACACGUUCCUCUAUCAGGGUCAACGAACACACACAGUGACUCACCCUGUACCGCCAACCAACCCCUCCCUCGGUCUUGCGCUACAGCUUGCUCCCCUCUCCUCUACUCAAAAUAUAUGGCAUGUCAUUGCCAUUCCAUCACCGCUCAGCCCCGCAUAUCGAGCGGGCUUGCUCCCUUAUUCAGACUAUAUCAUUGGAACCCCAAGCGGGACCCUAAGAGGGGAAUCUGCACUUGGGGAGUUGGUUGAAGAUCAUCUAAACCGCACACUAGUACUUUGGGUUUACAACAGCGAAUUUGAUGUGGUUCGUGAGGUCGAGCUUGUUCCUACAAGGGGCUGGGGUGGGGAAGGCGCCCUCGGUGCAGAGCUAGGAUACGGUGCUCUUCACCGACUACCCAUCGGGCUCGGGGAAGAGGUGGAGGGCCCAGGGGAGGUCGUUUUUGAGACACGCGAGGGUGGCACCGCUGCUUCAGUGGGCGGCCCUGCAAGCUCUCUGCCAGGCAUGGCGGCUCCUCCGACUAAUUUCCUAGUCCCAGCAAAUAUCAUAUCGCCGCCGCCUUUAGCUUCAGCGCAAGCCAGAGUUGCCUCCCCAUUAGGGAGCAGAUCUCCCGCCGGUCGUCGUGCAGCAAAAUCACGAUCAAUCGCCUCUCCCAAUAGAGCGUUCGAUGAUUACUUUGCUGAGGGUGAAGAGAAAAGUCGGGCACAAGACUAUGCGCCGUCGCGGCAGGGAACGCCUCUACCUCCGCCGCCCAAGUCUGGAGUCUCCCCACCUCACAGAGGAAGUCCUGCGCCGGGAGGCUCCCCUAGAUCUACUCGGGAGAAAUGA